AUGGCCUCCCACCCCGUAUACUAUACGCAACCCUCCCCAUCGGACUCAGCGACCCCUACCAAUACUCCCAAUGGUAUGCCCGGUAACCAACCAGGUGUCCAUGGGUACCAGACCGUCAGGAACAUGUCAUCCAACAUUGUUAUAACCGAUGUGAUUGUAGAACCGCCAAAUCCCCAGAGAUUCCGGAGUGAUUCACACAGCAAAAGAUCCAGAUGGCUGAAAAAGGAAAAAGCGCGGGAAAAAGAGCCGGUGUCAUAUCGCGUACAAAAAGUAUUCAACAUCAUGGAGCGACAAGGGCUGGCUGCGCCAAUGGACGUAAGAAGUCAAUAUGACGUCAAUGAGCAAAUCUAUAGGUCCCUUUCCACUAUUGGUAUUGAGGAAGUACUUUACCCUCUCCCACGGAGCAGUUCAUUACUUGGCCUCCGAAAUGUACCCCUCCAUCACUUCUGGAGUGAGGAAAAUGCUCAACACCGGUAUCGAGAAAAGCUGCCUUCCGAUGGAAGGGAUGCGUCGAAGUCACGUGAACGGCGGGUUCUCGCAACAGAAAGGUCGGAAUACCCUAAUGCUGGAUGUAGAAGACCGAAAAGAGAUGUUGUACCUGGAAAAGGUCCUGUCCCGAGACGAAAGCUGAUUGUGACGUCAGAGUCUCGCCAGCCAACAAACUGUAAUUCAAUUACGUUACCUAAGGAAUGGAAUGAUUUUUGUGUUUUUCCAGAAAAAGUUGUGUGCGAAAACCUGAACCCAGAUAUAAAAGAAUACUACAAAAAGAAGGCAGAUCGAAAUGAAGGGAAAAUGAAAUCCGUGUCCCUCGCGGACAAUUAUGAUACUGAGGAACUAUCCGGUAUAGACUCGUGUUUAGCGCCAUCUUUUGAGGUUGAUCACAGGACUGUGUCAUUUCUAAACAGACAAGAACUUUCCAUGCCUAUUCAAGUCCUACCAGAACCAUCGAGAUCGAAACUGGCGUCAAACCCAAAAUAUGUGCGUCACCAGGAUCCAUGUUGUACUGCCGAAAGCAAAGAGCAGGAAACACCACAGAGAUAUGUUAAAGAAUUUGAAGUCGUGUCGUACCACGACCCUGUUCGAUUGGAAACAAACGGCAGCAAACUUGAGGUGACGAAUGCACUUACAAAAGGCGAAGGAAUCCAUAGAGAUGAGGUGAUCAGGUCACCGUUAAAGCAAAAGACACCCCAUUUGGACAGCAGUGAUGGUAUGUGUUCCGAUAGUAACACGCCGCAAAUUCACAAAUCUUGCAUGAAAAUUAAGAAAAACACAACGAACCAGAGAAAUGAAACGGAAAAGAGCUACAUGUAUUCUGAAAACCGGGACAAAUUUGAGUCUGACAUAGUAGCGACAGCGUCAGCCGAGGAGGAACAGGCAAGGAUUUGCUGUGGUGACUCAAAGAAAGGUUUUAAGGAACAUAUCACUGCUUUUGAAAUCAGAUCAGCAGAGAAAUUCUGUGAAAUGCCAUCUGAAAGGAGAGUAUCUUGGGCAUCUGAUUUGGAAAUGGACACGCGCGGUACACACCAUCGCACAUCGGAUUCAAGGUCUUCAAAGGACAAGCCAAAGGAAAAACGAAGAAAUCAAACACCGGUGAUAAUGUAUUCAGAAUCAGAAUGUUCAUUACUUUGUCAGAAAUAUAACAAUUAA